UCCAAGCACCAAUCACACCUUGAAUCCCCAUCUUCACUUCGAUCCACUCCUCCGAGGAAUCCAGCUCCGUCGGCAAGCAUGUCUGGGCGCGGCAAGGGCGGUAAGGGGCUCGGCAAGGGCGGCGCGAAGCGCCACCGGAAGGUGCUCCGCGACAACAUCCAGGGCAUCACCAAGCCGGCGAUCCGGCGGCUGGCGAGGAGGGGCGGCGUGAAGCGCAUCUCCGGGCUCAUCUACGAGGAGACCCGCGGCGUACUCAAGAUCUUCCUCGAGAACGUCAUCCGCGACGCCGUCACCUACACCGAGCACGCCCGCCGCAAGACCGUCACCGCCAUGGACGUCGUCUACGCGCUCAAGCGCCAGGGCCGCACCCUCUACGGCUUCGGCGGCUAGAGGCUGAUGCGCCCGUCCCCUGCUGUCUCCCUCCUGCAGCUCCGACGUUGUCUGGCCGUGCUCACAAGUCUUGCGGUUAAGAAAGUUUCAGACUCGCUUGUUUAGCUCACAUCUGGCUGUAGUAGGUUUAUCUGAAUCAUGAGACAGUAAUGAAAUGAUCUGAUAUUAGAAAUCAAGCUUGUUGUGCAAUGUGUCGUUUUCAAUGCAAAUGUAGCUUGUUCUGUGAUAUAUGUGAUUCUUAUUUGCAGUUACAAACAAAAGUAGUUCUGUGAA